AUGACUUUUAACCAGGAAAUAUGUCCCUCUGGAAUGGACUCCAAUAGUGACAACAACUCUGGGGAUUUAUUUGUGAAACAAGUUCCUCUUCAGGAAGCUCACCUUCCAGGACAAGGAGAAUCAUUCCAAAUAGAAGAGCAAAUACCUAUUUCUCAAGAUAGACUGGGAUUUGAUUUGGAUUCAGAUGAAGAUAAAUCUGCUGAUAAUGUCUUACCUAGAACUGUAUCUGUCCGUCGGAGUUUAAAGAAACGUCUCAACAAUCUAUGUCAGUUCAAUACCUUGGAUGAUUUUGAAAUCAGUCAUUUCUCAGUGCAGCCCUUUGAAUCUGAAAGAUGUGUAGACCCACUAGUAAACAUGCACAUAACAGAAAACGUAGAACAAAGUGUUUGUCAAUGGAAUAAGGAUCAAAUUAACUUAUCACCAAAGCUGAUUGACCCAGGAAGACCUGCUAAAACAAAAGAAAACAUUUUAGAAUAUAAAUUUGAACAAACUGAAAAUAAGCACAGAGGUGCACAAGGAAGAAGAGGAGAAGAGAAAAGAAAAACUAACAGAAGGAGAAAAUCAAAAUCCGUAUCAAAGUAUAAAGGGAGCAAAAGUGAAAACAAAAAAACUGUUUCCAAAAAAAAGUUGGAUGAAUCUGUCAUUUCCAGUGAUGCUUACAAUUUUAACUUGGAAGAGGGUAUUCAUCUCACUCCUUUCCGACAAAAAAUGAGCAAUGAUUCUAACAGAGAAGAAAACAACAAUGAAUUUGAAGUGAGCGUCUAUGAAUCAAGUGGUUCAGGAGAUGAUUCUGAUGACCUCUAUUUGCCCACUUGCAAGUACAGUCAAGAUCUCUCCAGUGAAUCAGAUAGGAGCCCAGUCGCCAGGUCUCGACCUAAGAGAGCACUAAAAUACAGGGAUGAAAAAGAGAUGGAGGAUUCUAAGCUUACAAAAACUCCUAUAAGUGCACUACCUAAAACUCACCGCUCACCUCAUUGUAGCCUGAAGGAUAUCACCAAUGUCCCCUUAUAUCCUGAGGUGAAAAUCAGAAAACUUUCUCUUUCUCCAAAAAAGAAAGAAAGCCCAGCAGUGUUGCUGCCUAAGCGCAGGUGCGCAGUCAGUAUGAACUAUAAGGAACCCACACUCGCUUCGAAACUGAGAAGAGGAGACCCUUUUACAGAUUUGUGUUUCUUGAAUUCUCCGAUUUUCAAACAGAAAAAGGAUUCCAGACGCAGUUCUAAAAAAAAAAGUAUGAAGCAAAUACAGUGAAGUGUUUGUUGGAUGCUGUUUAAAUUCAUCCUAUUACACUUCCUUCUAUCUCUCCAAGGGAGAAUCUCUAAGAUAGUACA